AUCUAUCAAGAGUCACAGCUCACAAGGACUGAGAAGAGCGUGUCAUCCACGCCUCCUGACUCCUGCCGGGGUUGUUGAAGUAGAGACGCCACAAGUCAACCCGCAAAUCCAGAAAUGAUGCACAAAAAUCGACAAUUAUACAGUUUAAUGAGUCGAAUUCUGUAGAUAAAAACAUUCAUCACCAGAUGCAGACAGCAUUAGUUGUUCACACCGACAAACUGCGCAGUCUAGUCAGUUGCAAACAUAGACGAAACCACGUUUGUGAAUUUCCCGGACAUUCUUCUACUUUUGCUUCAUCAAGAAUUGUACCCUCCAUGAAUCUUGAUUGUAUAGGAUGAGAAAAGAAGCAAAGAACAAAAAGAUGGGAAAUAUUUGGAUUCUGGGUCGAUCUUAUCUUAGUUUGUGUCUCAUCUUUUUGGUACAUGUGUGUGUAUGUGAUUCACAAGAACAAGCGUUCAACACUUACACUAUUUCCAGCUUCGCGUAUUCAAGAACCUAUCUCAAGCCAUAUGAAUGGCGUUACAUUAGAGUUGAUUUGCCACCAUGGUUCUCUUCAAUGUCUUUAGCUUUGGAGUCAGAUGUUGACAUCGAUCUCAAUAAAGUAAAUAAUGCUUCAGCAAGUUCUCUGCCAAUGAUUUGUUUACGAGAAGGGAGCCUUCCUCUGCCUGAUGUUUAUGACCCUUCUCUAGCGGGUCUAGUGAAAGAUUACAUAUCGAAUGCUUCUUUUUUUGGGCCACAAAGUCUUCAAAAUGUUGAGAAGUGCUACCCCAUGCAGAAGAAUAUAUGGCUGAGAUUGACACAUGAGCAGAUUUCUCCAGGUACAUGGUACUUCGGGCUAUUUAAUGGCAUUGGACCUAUGCGGACGCGGUCUAAAAUGAUUAAUCGAGGCUCUGCAUACUCCUUUAGCGGCAAUGUUAGUGUGGAAGGAUGUGUGACCUCGUUGAUGUUGGGCACAUUCUGCAACCAAACAGUUAAUAUGCUUUCAUGCAAUGCCAACAAUAAUUUAACUGGAGCUGGUAUGGAUAAUGAAUGGUCCAGAAGAAUGGAAAAAAAUGUUAUUGCAUGCAGAAAUGUCAAUGGAAUAGUUUGUCAUGAAGAUGACGGACCAAAACUCUACUCAGUAGAUGUGAUAGGGAUUACGGAAGUGCUAUUUAUUGCAGCGGCAAAUAUAACAUUCAAUCAGACACAACCUUCAAACAUCACCGGAAGCCAUGGUCUGAUGUGUUAUGCUAGACAUGAUUCGAUGCCGCUGGAUAAAACUUAUGAUUUUUCUGGUGACCUAAGUAAAGCCCCUUUGGUCAUAAAGUUUCCAAAAGCUGGUCGUUGGUUUAUUACCAUUCGACCAAUUGAUAUCUUGAAUAAAAGUGAAGAAGUCCAAAGCAAUAGCUCAAAAGUGUGCUAUUUGUUGGAAUGGCAAGUUUUUCAGUGUCCUUUUGACAAGGCUGGGUUAAACUGCACAAUGGAACGAUACAUGCUUCAGACAGUUCUUAGGAAAAGCCCGUCUCACCCCUUUGAAUCUAACUACAUACCAAUAACUGAAAAGGUGUCAUUAGCUUCAGAUGAUUUUCCUCUGGAACCCCUUCUAAGUAAUUUUUCGAGUCGAGAAAGUAGUGAUGAUGCUUGGACAUUUUUCCUCCUGGACAUUCCAUCUGGUGCUACUGGAGGAAAUAUUCACAUCCGUCUCACUUCUAGUGUGAAGAUAAACUAUGAAAUCUAUGCAAGAAAUGGAGGAUUACCUUCUCUUAGCACUUGGGAUUACUUCUAUGCAAGCAGCACAAAUAGCAGCAGUGGCUCCAUGUUUUUCAAGCUAUAUGAUUCAAGUGAGAAGGCAGUUAGUUUUUAUAUGUUAUACGCUAAAGGAGGACUUUGGAGCUUUGGCUUGAGAAAACUUAAUGGUGCUCAUUCAACUAGUCAAACUGUCAUGUCCAUAUCGCUAGAGAGGUGUCCACAAAAAUGCUCUUCCCAUGGAACAUGCCAAUCAGUUUUAGAUACUAGUGGGCUCACAUUAUACAGUUACUGUGCUUGUGAUCGGGACCAUGGAGGCAUUGACUGCAGUGUCGAACUUGUGUCACCUCAUGGGCACGUUCAGCAAUCGAUUUUCCUCAUAGCAUCAAAUGCGGCAGCUGUCCUCCCGGCCUUUUGGUCCCUCCGCAAUAAGGCAUUUGCGGAAUGGGUUCUCUUUAUGUCUAGUGGCACCGCAAGUGCGCUGUAUCAUGCAUGUGACGUGGGCACCUGGUGUAUCAUGACAUUUCAUGUCUUACAGUUCUUGGACUUCUGGCUUUCUUUCAUGGCUGUGGUCAGUACUUUUGUGUAUUUAUCCUCUGUUAGUGAAGCUUCAAAGAGGACAAUCCACACAAUUGUUGCAAUCCUAACAGCCAUCAUGGCUGAAAAUGAUCCCACCAGGGCCAGAAACAUUGCUUUUGUCAUGGGCCUAGGAGCUCUGGGUCUUCUUGUCGGGUGGCUUCUAGAGUUCUUUUCCCAUGCUCGGUCGUUUUCCUUUUCAAGAGAGCUUCACCUGAAUCUUCUUAACCGCUGGGAAAGUCUAAAAGGAUGGAUCCGCAAUAUAAUCAAGACGACAAUAAAACGCUUCCACUGGGGAUUUCUUCCAGCAGGGCUCAUUACAUUGGCAAUGGCCGCAAUAAGCUGGGCAUUGGAGAGCACUGAAACCUACUGGAUUUGGCACAGCUUGUGGCACAUAUUUAUAUACACUUCUUCCUUCUUUUUCCUCUGCUCGAAAGCAAAAGUUGCAAACUGUGAUGAUGAGAGACCUCCGGAUGUGGGCUAUGAGUUAACUCGACAAACUUCAUUUAAUGGAGGUGAACAAAGUCGUGAAAGAUAGAACACAUUUUUUCUUUGUUUUCUUGUUAUACUGUAGAUUAGAUAUGUAAUCAGUAGAUGCAAAAGUAGCUGCUUAACCGUAGAACACGUUGUUAUGAUGCCUUCCUUUAGACCAGGUUAAACUGAACGGGUUCUUACAAUGUUGUAUAUCUGUUUUAUAUUUUUCUUUCUUCUCCCUCUGUGUUAUGGCGUCGUGCAUGUAGUUUUCUCCAACAGGAGCUAAUGUAUAUGUAAAUUUUGAGAGGACAGCAGAGGUUACGAUAAA